GUGAGUGGGCGUGUGCGAGGGAGGCGUGGCCUAAGGGGGCUUGUGGAAUUUUCCAUCAGAGCCGCUUAUUAUAGCGCUGAGGCCGUGAGAGUCCCCUGUGUCCCGGUGUCCCGGUUUCCUACCCGCCAUGGCCAACUACAUCCACUUACCGUCCGGCUGCCCGCAUGUGCCCAAGAUCGACUUCACCGUGUCGGACUCCGACUACCGGGAGGGGGCCCUCCGGCUGCUCAAGGAGCUCAGGCCCCACUGGAAACCGGAGGAGGUCACUACCCAGGUUUUCACUGAUGGAAUAACCAACAAGUUGAUUGGCUGUUACACGGGCGACGCGAUGGAGGACGUGGUCCUGGUGAGAAUCUACGGCAACAAAACCGAACUGCUGGUCGACAGGGAGGAGGAGCUAAAGAGUUUCCGGGUGCUGCGUUCCCACGGCUGCGCCCCCCAACUCUACUGCACCUUCAACAACGGCCUGUGCUACGAGUUCAUGCAGGGGGAGGCCCUCGACCCAGAACAUGUCUGCAACCCCACAAUAUCCAGGCUAAUCGCCCGGCAACUGGCCAAGAUCCACGCCAUCCACGCCCACAACGGCUGGAUCCCCAAGUCCAAUCUGUGGGCGAAGAUGAGGAAAUAUUUCUCCCUCAUUCCUACCGAGUUCCAGGAGGAGGCGGUCAAUGCCAGGUUCCGCCGGGACGUGCCCAGCCCUGAGGUUCUGGAAGGGGAGAUGUCGUGGAUGAAGGAGGUUCUGUCCAAUCUGCAGUCGCCGGUGGUUCUGUGCCACAACGACCUCCUGUGUAAGAACAUCAUCUACAAUGAGAAGCAAGGGGACCUGCAGUUUAUCGAUUACGAAUAUUCGGGGUACAACUACCAGGCCUACGAUAUCGGGAACCACUUCAAUGAGUUUGCAGGGGUGAACGAGGUGGACUAUUCCCUGUACCCCGGCCGGGAGUUGCAGUUCCAGUGGCUCAGAUCCUACCUGGAGGCCUACAAGGAGCACAAGGGCUUCAGCCCGGAGGUGACUGAGAAGGAGGUGGAGGUUCUCUACGUGCAAGUGAAUCAGUUUGCCCUGGCUUCUCAUUUCUUCUGGGGACUUUGGGCCUUGAUUCAAGCGAAAUAUUCCAAAAUCGACUUUGACUUCUUGGGUUACGCCAUCGUGCGCCUCAACCAAUACUUCAAAAUGAAGGCGGAGGUGACGGCGCUGACCCUCCCCAAGUAGCGGCCGCCGCCCUCGGGCUCGACUCGUCUCAACUGGAUCUCGCUCUGGGAACGUGGGAACGGAGCGUCAGCUGCGCGCUCCACAGCUCCUCAUAUAUCACUUUUAUUUCAAACAUGCCUUUAACCCCAGACUAACUGUCAGCCUCCAGGAGCGCGAGGGGCGGGGCCAAGGCCGAGGCUCCUCCCUGGAAAAGAAGAUUUUACUUAAAUUAUCGAAAGAGAAUUCGGCGCCGCCCGUUCCCAGCAGCUGCUCAAUGGCGACCCCAGGGUCUCCAUGCCCCUCCCACUUAGGCACAUUGGCCACGCCCCCUCUUUUCUACAUUUCAAUCGUACGGAUACUGUACGGGGCCCCCGGGGCCCCUCACUACGUGAAUAGAACGGGUCCUGCUAAUAACUGGAAUGAAACCGCUAAUUUAUUGCUCCGCGGGGGAGGAGUUUCGCCGUAGCCACCUCCCCCAGAAGAUUCCUACUGACACACCUACAACCGAGGAGACGGGGGUAGAACCCUAACAACACCCCCCCCCCCCCCAGCAGGGGGCGAACUUUGCCUUCAAUCCCUCCCGUGUGGGUUUCACGUUAACCCUUUCCUUUCUGAAGGUGCCUGAAGCAGACUGUGAAGCCCCACCCCCUCGGGGGCGGGUUCAAAUUUCUUAAAUCAACGUGGGAAAGGGAGACGGGACGUUUAUUAAGAGAUUUUCUAUUUUUUUGAUAAUCGUGAAGCGUCAGUGGGACCCGCGUGGGGGCGGUUCUGGUCCCUUCUGAUUUGGGCUCAAGGUGGGGGGGGCGGGUAGAAGAGAAUGGGGCGACCCACUAGCGGAUUUGCUAGAUUAGAUAUCUGGUUUGUGCAGACUUCCCCUUUAACCCACACGUAUACAGUCGCUUGUAUAGCAAUGAGUGUGUGGGGGGGUCUCCUAUGGUAAAAUGACCCCCAGUCUAAAGAUUCCUGUGUCCCGCCCACUCCGAUCACAUGACAGGAAGCACUGUGGCAUUCAUUUUCCUGUCACAUGACCCCUCCCCGUGACGCGUAGUCUUAAAUCCGUAUUCCCAUGAUCCUCCUCUGUGACUGAGCCAGACUGGCGCCACUGGAGACCAAAGCGAAGGGCGGAGCUUAGCUCCGUGGGCUUGUGCACCAAUCAGGACGCAUGUAGCAUAUUGUAUAUACGCAAAGCGUGUAAAUGAGCGUUUGUCUCGGGGCUGAGGGUUGGUUCCCGCCCAGUGGCAGGAAGAGGCGGAGCCAGUACCUUGGAUCCCCCCCCCCGGCGCUGCACUUGGCUCCGCCUCUCGCCUCUGUGCGGCGUUUGCUUUAAAACUAGACUUUUUCUUUUUUUUUUUUCUUUGUGUAACUUUAUGGGGCUGAUGGGUAACGUCGCCCCGUAACCAAAGUGUCCAACGUCUUUCAUCCUCUUCGGGGUUAAGCACUUUACUUUACGGCACAAGCGGCGUUUCCGCGGAAACGGCGAGACACGAUUGCGUGUUGAUUGCACGGAAAACUGUGAAGUUGUUGUGACCUGUAUAUAACACUGACGCAUUAAAGGGGAAGUUUGCCCAGAAGCAACAGCCAAUGAGAGAUUGCUGACCAGUAAAUGCUGCCUGCUGAUUGGUUGCUAUGGGUUACUGCUCCUGGGCAAACUCGGUGCCUUUUAUUACAUAACCCCCAUGUGUGUGUUACAGAUUCUCAGCAGCUUUUCCAUUGGUCUUCAUUUCUUAUAGUUUCCAGCUUUCAAAUGGGGGUCGCUGACCCCCCCCCCCGGCAACCAAAACCCCCUAUUGGUUACUGUAACUUUUUAUUCUUUUCUAUGCAGACCUCCUCUGUGGGUCUUCCAGUCUCUCCUAUACCGCUGCCUGGUUGCUAGGUUAAAUUGGCCCCUAGCAACCAGAUAGCUGCUGGAAUUCCCAAGUGGAAACUGUUUAAAAAAAAAAAAAAAACCACAGAAAAUGUAGACCAAUUGCAAAUUUUCUGAGAAUAUCACUGCAUCACACUAAGGGUUAAAUUAAAGGGGAACUGACCCUUUAAGACAGAGUUCUGUACUCUGUGGCCCUCCUGCACUUUUGACAGCAGUUCCUGGGGCGCAGGGGGUAUGACAAGGGCUGGUGGGGGUAGUUACCCAGAUUCCCCCCCCCGGUAACCACGGGGUUGUUAUGGGAGGGAGAUUUGGUACCAAUUCCCUGGAAUACUUGAACCCGACGUUGGUAUCAACACAAUCAGAACACCUUAAAGGUACAGUGCGCGCUAUGUUUAGGGAGGGUUUGCUUGCCCUUUACUGCCCUUAUGUAUAUAUGGACAGCAGUUCUACUGACCAGAGAGCCUUAUUGCCAGCCCAGGGCUGGGAGCUGCCAUACUGCUUGCUACAUAUCCUCAUCUGCCCCUAGGGGCCCCGGGCACUGCCCCCAUAGUAGCCUGGUGCGACCAUCGGAGUGAGCACUGGCACAAUGACCCCUCCCCUGCGUCUGGGGGGUGGAGCUCCGGUGAUUUCCCAGGGGGCCGCGCUGCAUUUGUGUUUAGUAAAUGACGACGGCGUUUGAGUCGCUCGCAGGGACCAGCAGUGAUUUGAACCCAUUCCCACGGCGUUUCUGUUGCCCCCCCAGUAAUGCCCCCCCAGCGAUGCCCUGAGUGACUGGUGCAAUGGCUGCUCCCGCUGUGAAGGAAUGUAACUCAGUGUAAAUAUGUCUCUGCUGAAUAAUAAAAUGGAGCUCACUCCUC